AUGGGACAACAACAGUCCGGAUUCGGUGGAAGAGGCAACGACCGCGGGGCCGGUGACGGCGAGAAGAAGGAGAAAAAGAAGUACGAGGCGCCGAUUCCGUCGAGAAUUGGCAAGAAGAAGAAGGGAUCGAAAGGACCCGACGCCGCCAGCAAACUUCCAGCUGGUAUCGCUUUUAAUUUCUCACAAUUCGAAUGAUAACCGCAUAUUUUCAGUCACCCCGCACGCUAGAUGCCGUCUGAAGCUGUUGAAGAGCGAGAGAAUCAAGGACUAUUUGCUCAUGGAGCAAGAGUUCAUUCAGAAUCAGGAGCGCCUGAAGCCACAAGAGGAACGACAGGAGGAGGAACGAACCAAGGUCGAUGAGCUCCGCGGAACUCCGAUGGCGGUCGGAUCCCUUGAGGAGAUCAUUGAUGAUCAGCACGCUAUUGUUUCCACUGUAAGAAGAACAAGAGAUAUUGGAAAACGCCUCAUGUUUUAUUUUUAGAACGUUGGAAGCGAGCACUAUGUGAACAUCAUGUCAUUCGUCGACAAAGAGCAGCUUGAGCCAGGAUGCUCCGUUUUGCUCAACCACAAGAAUCACGCAGUCAUCGGAGUUCUCUCCGACGACACAGACCCAAUGGUUUCGGUUAUGAAACUCGAAAAGGCGCCUCAAGAGACGUACGCCGACGUCGGAGGUCUCGAUCAGCAGAUUCAGGAGAUCAAGGAGGCCGUAGAAUUGCCGUUGACGCAUCCAGAGUACUACGAGGAAAUGGGAAUUCGGCCGCCGAAAGGAGUCAUUCUUUAUGGAUGCCCAGGCACCGGAAAGACGCUUUUGGCAAAAGCCGUCGCAAAUCAGACCUCUGCCACUUUCCUCCGUAUUGUCGGUUCGGAACUCAUUCAGAAGUACCUGGGAGACGGACCGAAAAUGGUAAGAGAGUUGUUCCGUGUUGCCGAGGAAAAUGCGCCGUCCAUCGUGUUUAUCGACGAGAUUGACGCCGUCGGAACGAAGCGUUACGAUUCGAAUUCGGGAGGAGAACGCGAGAUUCAGCGCACCAUGCUCGAGCUGCUCAACCAGCUCGAUGGAUUCGACUCUCGUGGAGACGUCAAAGUGCUAAUGGCCACCAACCGCAUCGAAUCGCUCGAUCCUGCUCUGAUCCGUCCGGGACGUAUUGACCGAAAGAUCGAGUUCCCGCUGCCGGACGAGAAGACGAAGCGCCGCAUCUUCCAGGUAAACGAGAUUCAGAGAAUUUCUACAAAGCUAUCAUUCAUUUUCAGAUACACACAUCGCGAAUGACACUUGGCAGUGAGGUCAACCUCGAGGAGUUCAUCACUGCGAAGGACGAGCUCAGCGGAGCCGACAUCAAGGCGAUGUGCACCGAAGCGGGUCUCCUGGCUCUCCGCGAGCGCCGUAUGCGAGUGACGAUGGACGACUUCCAGAAGUCGAAGGAGAACGUGUUGUACCGCAAGAAAGAGGGCGCACCCGAAGAGCUCUACUUGUAA